AUGGUUGGAGACAUGCUGAUCUACUACCUCCAGGCCAUCGCUAGAUCACUCAAAGUCACCAACAGCCAGCUGAGACUGCAGCUGCAGACCGAGAGGACAGACGACAAGAAGAAAGUAUUUCAGUUAGCUGCAGCGCGUCUGCAGGCACCUGAGGGCAGCGAUAAAAAGCCGGAACAAGAGAGCGACAUUACUAGUAUGGAGUCGUCCGCCCGCUCAGCCUCUCCUCAGCGCCGCAACGGUAGCGUCACCAACUUCGAAUCUCCCGUCCGCAUCGGCAACAGCAUCCGAACCAUAACGCAGUCGGCUUCACGGCCGGACAUCGCUAGAGCCGCCGGAGCGACUCGGAGCCCCUCUGUUACCGUGCAGCAGAAACACAAAGCAGAGCCUGUGGCCAGUAGUGCUUUCAGAAUGUACAGCAACCCCUCAGUUCCUCAAAGACAAGUACGACGAGUGGAGUACAUACCCAUCAGGCAUUCUGGGUACUUGGGCAGCACCAGCGGUUCCUGCAGCUCCAAGUCCUACCACAACAUGGCCUACAACCCGUGUGCACGGUAUGCCGAAAACAUCCACUCCGAUCCGCCGUUUCGGAAGACCCUCCAGCCUAUACGCAACGAGCCCGGUGUAAUCACGGCUCAGAGCUACGCGGGCCGCCGGGCACAUACGACACGCUACAUCAUCGUCAACGAACACGAAGCUCGCAAGAAGCUCAUGCGCUCAAAUACACGCAUACCGAGACAUUACCGCCUCGCGGACGAACCGACAGAGAUCGUAGAGCUUUAUCCACGCAACGUGAAGUGCUACAUUCCUCGUACUCCUCACCGAAGCCACCAGCCACACCUCAGUGAGGAAGAGGAGGAGGAAGAGGAAGAUCCGAAGAGCAGCACGAAGAGGGGGUCGUCCAAACAGUCGAACCGUCCAAGAUCGCUGUCGGAUAUCCAUCAGACCGCACGAUUCUACAUUGGCGAUACGAUAAACAGUCAGUUGUCUAUGGAGCAGGGUUUAUAUGGCGAUCAAGAAGAUGACUGGGGAAACGACCCUCAAACAAACAUCCGAGGCCCAGAGUCGGCUCACAGGUACGGCGACCCAUACAUCAAGCACAAGACCAAGCAUAAAGUGGAGCCGUCGCUGACCGAGUCGGAUUCGGCAUCGCUGGCAUCCAGUAGUGACCAACAAAACAGCAGCACUGACCAAUACAUCCAAGUCAUUCACAACAAAGAGAAGUACCUGAAGUCGAGUGCCAAGCUGACCAAAAAGAAAUCCAAGAACAGCGUUAAAUUCAAUGUGUCUGGUACUAAUGAUCUUGUCUGCUCCAACGUUUAA